GAGGCUAUGUACUACAUUGCAGAGUGCAUAAGAAUGAGCCUUGUUGUCUUUUUAAAUGUGUUGGCGCCAAUUGCAGUCAAACAUUCACCACGUACUCUGCUUUCAAGGGGCAUUUUUAUCGUGUGCACAAUGCACCUGCACUUCAAGCUGCUCCUAAAGCUCUUGUUGCAGAUUUAAAAUGUGCGGUUUCAUUAUGUGCCCGCCAUUUUCAAACAGUGAAAGAGCUAGUGUCUCACUUAAAUGAUCAUAUUGCAGAGGGCAGGUCUGUGUCAUGUCCAGUAAGUGGUUGUAAGCAUGUGUUUACAAAAAAGUCAUCAUUUACUUCUCACACGUGUAGGAAGCAUAAAGCAUGUUCCCCAGAUGGUAUUGAUGACAUGUACAAGGAAUCUCAACCUCAGCCCCCAAAUGACAGUACAGAAUAUUCAGAAAACACACAUGAAGCCAUGCCAUGCCAUCAUGCCAGUGAUAUGCCAGAGAACGAUAGUCAGUCUUAUCUCAGAAACAUGUGUCUCUUUUACCUUAAACUGCAAGGACAGCUGCUAAUUCCUGCCUCUACUAUACAGACUAUUGCUGAGGAAAUGCAGAAUGUGCACGAAUUGGGUCAAGCCUACACAAUAAAUAAGGUACUGUGAAGUAACACGAAGUGAGUUUUAUGCUGAUCCGAAUGCCUGUGGUCCUCCACGCACUCCAGAGACAUAUGACACGGCUGUUGCUGAUCUCCAGUCUGAAACUAUCCAAGACAUCAGAGGAAUAAAGGUGGCAUUUCUUCUUCAGUGCAAGUAUGAGUGACUCAGAGCGAACCUUCCUAGAUGUCGCCAUCACGGAAGUCCUACCAGAACUUCAAGCCGUGAACAAAAACAUCCUGGAAGAGCACUUGCAGUCCAUUGGAGUUGAGACAAGUGAUGAUCUACUCUUUGUAACGGAGGCAGAUUUGAUGACGGUAUUAAGACCUGUACAAGCAAGAAAGCUUCUUUCUGCUUGGAAACAGAAAUACCAAACUCCAGAGAACAGCUCACUGUCAUCUGUGGAAGCCUCAUCCACCCAGUCGCUGUCAUUGCUCUCUAUUUCAACCCAAAGUCUAUCGUCGACCUCCUCCAGCAGCCCAGGAUGUGACACACAUUGGGAUGACAACUUUGAAAUCCCAUGGAGUAAACUUCCUGCAGAAGUGAUGCAUUUUCUCGAGAGGGGGAAAAGGCCUCGCCCAAAACUGAGGAGGCAAAUGGUCCGGAUUGUUGUGACUGAGAUGAUGGAAAAAUGCCCUCAUGUAGGUAGAAAACAUUCAGUUGACGUUGCAAAAAAAUGGUGGCAAAAUAUCCCAAUUCUCUGCAAGAUGUAAUAGAGGGUGAUAUUGUUGGCGCAGGCUACUUUUCCCUUGUCAAACAGUUGCAGAACAGAAUUGAAAAUGUAAGGCGCACUUCAACACCCAAAAUAAGAAAAAGAAAACAUCAGACUGACUCAGACCACACAGACGAGAUCCCUUUGGAAGAAAGAGCAGCAAUGCAGGAUACAUACGGGUGCAUUAAAUGGAAUGUAGAAUUUCUGCCUCUUGAAGAAACUCCAGAGAGCCAACAGCAAAAGAUGGAAAAACUCAAGGUGAUGUUCCAGCAAGCUGACGCCAAUCCAGAUGAGAUAAAAAGUCUAAUGAAGUCCACUUAUUACACACAAUGUCAACAUGUCAAUCAGGGGAAAAGUAUCAAAUGCCUUAGAGAGGAGUGGCCGUUUUGGUUUGAUGAACUUGGCAUGUCUGUCCAUUUCAAGGAACUUACUGGGAUUGACCUCGAAGAGACAUUCACACGAAAUUUGGAUUUGAAGGGGAAAAGGCUUCUGGACUACAUGACCACAGUUGCUGUCAGCCAAAGCAAGGCGUUCCUUCAGACUUAUGCAAGGCUUCAGAGGAUGCGGGGACCGCAGAGUGGCUGCUCAGAUGAUGUGAAAGAGAUGGUCCUGCCUCUGCUCAGCUACUUUGAAGAGAAGGAGGAGUCCAUGCUUUUCUGUGUUGAAGAUACAUGUCUGGCAGAUGAGGUACAACUGGAGCAAGUGCCUCUGACACCCACUAUUAUUGUGUGUGGACAGUCCUGCUAUUCCUCAAGAAGAUACAUGCUGAGUAUUGAUCGGAACCUCGUCAGCACAAACAUAUCCUCCUUCAUUUCUGCACUGUGCCUCAUGUUCGGGAGCUACUACAAUUUUAACAUCCAUUAUCCAUCUGAGCUGGCUUCCACUCUAGAGUUUCUUCAGAGGUGUUUCUUCUCCAUAAACCCAGAAAAAGGAACCAAAGUAGAGAACAAAAACUCAAAGCGUCGUCUCAGUGUGAACCCUCGUGUCCUCACCCUGAUUCAGGAUCUCGCCGACCACGAGUGGCGCUAAGCCUAAAUCUUGACUCUCUGUGGACUGUUAGUUUUACUUUGUUAAUUUUGUUCCACAAUGUGUACUGAAACCUUUUACUGGUGGAAUGCAUGAAGCCAAUUCAUGAAGAUUUUCUUGCUUUGAAGGAAUGUUCUUUAUAAAAAAAAAAAAAACAUGCUGCUACUGCAGUGUAGUUUUGUUUCACCACGUGGUUUUCCUGAUGUGUUUUCUGACCAAGGCCAUGGUUGUGGUGACAGCAGGGUGCGUGUUGCGUUGCAUGGUGAUUAUGAUCAUUUUUCGCACAAUGUGAUUUUUGUUUUAAAGACUUAACAGGUUAUUUAACUUUUUCUGGUAGAGGGUCUAACAAGUGCUUGUUUCAUGAACAUCUUUGCAGGAAUGUUCCACAGCUUUUAUAGCUUAUAUUUUGAUUGAAUUGUGUAGUUGCUGUGUGCCCUGCAUAUUGUGUUAGUUGGAAAAAAUGCAUCCAAUUGCUGUCAUUUGGCUAAUCUGGCUGCAAAAUAAA